UGCGGUUUAGUUGCAAAACGUAGCUCGAGUCUCGGAGAUGGCACUGCAGCUGCAAAUCGAGAAGCUCAAAGGCCUGGACAACUACAAGGCCUGGUCGAUGACGGUGCGGGCGUAUCUGGAGUCCGAGGAACUCUGGUCGGUGGUUGAGAAUGGUCCCGAGAAUAACGAGGAGUCCCUGCUGAAGGACAAGCGAGCCAAGUUCUUGAUCCUCUGCUUGAUCGAGACCAAGUUGUGCCAAUUCAUGGUCAGCAUCCGCACGGCCCGGGAUCUGUGGAACUAUUUGCGCACCCAGCACUCGUUGCGCUGAAAUCAAAUAUAUCAGCUUCAGUCGAUUGUAUUGCAUAAAUAUAUAUAAAUUACAUUUCA